AUGCGCUGCCACAUCUUGACAGCGCUGGCCACUCUGGCAGCCACCGUCGUUGCCGACGUCAAGUUCUCAUCGCCUGCCGCCGGUCAACAAAUUGCUGGUGGCACGGCUUUCACAAUCACCUGGGCCGACGACGAUACCACUCCCACCAUCGACCAAUUCGCUGGCUAUACGCUAAAUCUUAUGGCUGGUGGAAACACGGCCGCUACUUCUUAUGUCCCUCUGCUUUGGGAAUUAAUAAUUGCUCCAUCUAACUUUGUCCAGCNNUACCUACAAAUGAUUUCCACUGGCGUCGACGGUGGUACCGAUAUUGUCUACAGCUCGCGCUUUGGUCUCACAGGCAUGACUGGAACCUUCUCUGCUGCCGUCCAGCAAGGUGUCACUGCCGCCGGAACCGACACUACUUUCACCCCUACUGCCGCCCACAACCUAGUUACAGCUGGCGAUGCUGCUACUGGCACCACCGCUGUCGCCGAGGCUGGCAUGUUCACCAUCCCCUACCACCUUCAGACCGGUCUCAUCAAGUACGCCCCCAUGCAGCCCAUGCCCGGAACAAAGAUCACCGCAAAGACCNCCUCCAUGUUGAACCCGAGCUCGAGUUAUACCAUCUACAGCACAUACGCAGCCCCUGCCUCCAUUACUUACACUGUGACCGAGUCUCAGACUCUCUCGCACUCGAGUAGAGAGAACNCCUGUAGGUUCUGCUUCGUUUAUUAUCCUCUUUGCAUUGUGCUGACUGAACCACAGGCCAGUGCUGCUACCCAGCCCACAGCCGCCGACAUGAAGAGGUACCUCAACCGCUGGAAGGACUAA